CUCUAUCGCUCCAGCUGUCACUAUAUUCCCUGACGCACAAGAAAUACCUACCUACCUACCUCGGAUACAUAAACAUCACCAACUAUCAGCGCCCUGCUGUCUCUCCAUCGCGACGCUCUCAUACCUAGUAUAUAUUUGUCCUAGACAAGUGGCGUGUCUCAACUCCUAAACCAUGACUUCGCGACGAAGCGCCGCGGCUGGCGAUGAUGACACAGCCUUGACGACAAUUCCAUCGUCGCUAAGGGAGGUCCAACAACCUCCGCGCACCUUUCGCGACGUGGUCCCCCGCCAGGCGCAGUUCCCUCUCGCUGUUGCGACAAGCUUUGCGAUGGCUUCGCUUGGAUAUAGCUUGCUGGGCGAGCUUACCAACGGCGAGCUUGCUGCUCUGAGCCGAAGCCAGGAUACUUGGGCAGAGGUUUCGCUUCUUGCCGGAUGGAGAGUGAUUGAGUUGACAUUGGGAUGGUAUGGCAAGCUGGACAGCCUGGAUGUUGCGAUGCUGAAUCUUCUCGCCCACGGCCCUCACUACUACCUCCUCUCAACCUUCUAUGAGCUCAACUGGACUAUUUCGGCUUCGGCUCUUGCUAUUGACGUUCUCUCGAUCGCUGUGCCUUUCUUCCUGCUUCGCCCGCUCUCUACUAUCCAUACACCUUCGGCUGCCGCUGCUGCAGGUCUGCCCAACCGCGAGCUUCUCGAUCUUCCCCUCCAGACGUACACGGCGGCUUUGUCAACAGGCAUCUACACCGUUGUCCUCGUCCUGUCGCUACGAUUCAUUCUGCCUCGUAUUCUGGUUGUCAACUACUCAGGAGUGCCGACAUUGGAGCCCGCCUACAAUGCUUCAUACGCUGCCAUUCUCCCCGUGACGACCCUGUUCGGCAUCGCCGCCAGCACUUUUAUCUUUGCGCCUUUCGCCACGACAGCACGUGCCAAGGAGGACGACAAGCUUAACGAGUUUGAUCCCGUGGCUGCAUCUCUCGGGGAGACCGUUUGGUGGAAUGUGUGGGGUUACACUGUCAAGACCAAGGUUGUUAUUCGUCGAACAAUUGUCGUCGCCCUUGUCACUGCAGUAAACACGUUCCUCGCCUCGUCCAAGACCUUGUAUCGUGUCGAUGCCUCUGGAGCUGCCGUGUAUGCGGGCGUCUGGGCAUUUGCUGCCAUCUGCAGCGGUAUUGGCCUGGGCUUCGUGGGCGGAGAUUAAAUAACUGAGACGUCAUAUUCUAGAAGGCUAUAUCAGCCUUACAAAGACGAACUUGGUGGGGAGCAAGGAAAGGGUGUCGAGAAUAUCCUUGAUUUGAGAUGGAGGGAUUAAUACCCCGGUUUCAUUUAUCGAUCGGAGUCAGAAGGAUUCAGGGCGUGGUUACUUGACGAUGUUGAAUUCGUUGUCAAGUGACCAUAAUUUUUGAUAUUUAUAGUGCUUUUUCUAUGUAAUUUUACUAGGUUUUUUUUGUUACUCUGCUAUCGUAUGAAUACCAUUUUUAGGAGUUCGUCUCUAAAAUAGUCUUGCCAGAUCAUAUGAAGGGAUAUUUAG